AUGGCUCGCUGGCACAUCCUGGCCUUGGCCCUGUGCUCCUACCUCGGGGUAGCCUGGGCUGCCACACUGGGUGUGGUGCACACUGAGGGAGGAUUUGUGCAAGGAGAGAGCAAGAAACUGGGACUCUUUGGGGGCUACGUUGACAUCUUCAGAGGGAUCCCCUUUGCUGCCCCUCCAAAGACUCUGGAAGACCCCCAACCUCAUCCUGGCUGGGAUGGAACUCUGAAGGCAAAGGAAUUCAAAAAACGCUGCAUGCAGUUGAAGCUGACACAGACUGAUGUCCGUGGGAGUGAGGACUGUCUCUACCUGAACAUCUGGGUCCCUCAAGGGAGAAAACAGGACCAUGCUGAUGACCUGCAGUACGUGUUUGGGAAGCCCUUUGCCACCCCUCUGGGCUACUGGCCCAAGCACAGGACUCUCUCAAAGGCCAUGAUUGCUUACUGGACCAACUUUGCCAGGAGUGGUGAUCCCAACGUUGGCCAUUCGGACGUGCCUGUUUCCUGGCCAGCCUACACCGACAAGAGCAAGUACUACCUGGAUAUCAACCACAAGAUGACCAAGGACUCUGUGAAGCAGAACCUGAGGUCCCGCUUUGUGACCUUCUGGAACUCGGUCUAUUUGAAGCUGCCGCAGGUUGCUGACAUCUCCCAGUCGGAGUUAAUGUUUUUUCUUGCUAAUGUCAAGACGCUGUCCCCAAAGAACAAGGGCCUGUUCAAGAGAGCCAUCAGCCAGAGCGGUGUCGGGGUCUGCAGCUGGGCCAUCCAGAGGGAUCCGCUCGUCUGGGCCAAAAAGCUUGGAGAAAAGGUGGGCUGCUCCACAGACAACACCACCGUCUUGGCCAACUGCCUGCGCCACUCUAAUCCCAAGGACUUGACCCUGGCCUACCACAUGCAGUUCACUCACCUGCCCAUGCCCUUUGCGCUCACCCUUGCCUUCUCCCCAGUUGUGGAUGGGGAUUUCCUCCCAGACGUGCCAGAGAAGCUCUUUGCCAACGCUGCUGACAUCGAUUACUUGGCUGGGGUCAACAACAUGGACGGGCACAUCUUUGCUGGUGUGGAUGUACCCGCCAUCAACCGCCCGCUGGUGAAGGUCACUGCUGACCAGGUGUACAAUUUGAUCAAAGGCCUCACCGUGGACAGGGGUGAGGCUGGAGCCAACGCCACCUACAACAUCUACACACAGAGCUGGGGUGACAAACCCGAGCAGGAGGUCGUGAAGAAGACAGUGGUGGACCUGACCACUGACUACAUCUUCCUGAUUCCCACACAGGUGGCACUGGACCUGCACCUGCAGAAUGCCAAGAGUGGCAAGACCUACAGCUACGUGUUCUCUGAGCCGUCCCGCAUGCCCGUCUACCCCCGCUGGGUUGGGGCAGACCAUGCUGAUGACCUGCAGUACGUGUUUGGGAAGCCCUUUGCCACCCCUCUGGGCUACUGGCCCAAGCACAGGACUCUCUCAAAGGCCAUGAUUGCUUACUGGACCAACUUUGCUAGAACUGGUGAUCCCAACAAAGGGCAUUCAGAUGUGCCUGUUUCCUGGCCAGCCUACACCAACGAUGGCAAGCACUACCUGGAUAUCAACCACAAGAUGAACAAGGACUCUGUGAAGCAGAACCUGAGGUCCCGCUUUGUGACCUUCUGGAACUCGGUCUAUCUGAAGCUGCCGCAGGUCGCUGACAUCUCCCAGUCGGAGUUAAUGUUCUGA